UUUGCUACCCGCAGAGCCAAAAGUCGUGCGGCUAGUCGAAACUUGCUGCAGACUUGGCUUGAUUGAAGACGGAUCGACAAUUCGACAAUUUUUCAGUUGACAUUUCGUCCGUUAUAGAUGUUAUACCAAUGAAAAAGUAGUAGUUAGCAAAAAAUCGUGCGCAGUUUACGCCGAUGCGCACCACUGCGGCCGAUAGCACAACUAAGAUUGUUAUUACGCUUGACUACCUGUAUAGGCAAAGUGCUUUGUUCAAAAAGUAGUCGGAAGAGAUAUAGUUUUCCACAAGUUGUAAGACACAUCGUAAAAACUUGAGAAUUAAUUAUAAAGAUGCCCGAUGGUAAAGUUUGUGUUAUUUGCGGUAAAUAUCAAAAAAUGUCGAGAAAAGUUUCUUUUUUUUCAAUCCCUAAACAAGAUAAAAGAUUGCAAAAUAAAAGUGAUAGAGAGUUAGUUGAAAGAAGAAUUGCAGCUUGGAUGGCAGCUAUUGGAUCUAAUUUCAAUAAGUACUAUGGUACACCCUGUGUGUGUUCUUUACAUUUUCAUUCAGGCAAACCAGCAUACAUGUUCUCUGAAAAUGAUGUUGACUGGGUUCCGUCAAAGAAUUUAACUAACAUAGAUCAACAGGAUGAACAAGAUCAUGAUUUUGAUUCAGACUUAUCACAGAAUCCCUCACCAAGUGACACUGAUCCUCCCUUGAAACAGCCAAGGAUAGCAUUAACAAAUUCCAACCAAGAAAAAGAGCCACCAGCAACUCCCGUCAUUGAGGAACCUGUGAAAAGGAAAGUGAUUUAUUCUAGACCUGUCCAACCUGUGAAUGGAGUUUGGCCGAGGCUAACUGCAACCAUCAUCACACCAGAAUCCAUCAACAGCCCAUGCAACAGUUUGUUGUUGAGUAAUCUGGGGGUCGAAAAGAAAUCUGUUGAAAUUGUUGAAAGUGUAUUAGAGGAGAAAUCUCAGAGCAUAGCAGGGAAAGACACUUCUACAGCAGAUGCCGAAGACUCUCUGCCCGAUUGUGACGUGAGUGCAGCUUAUUGUUUCACAUCGAAAUUGAAAGAGGAAAAAGCGACUCAGGUGACGGCCGAUGAGAUUCGACUGGCAUUCCAGUCGACUGCAUCGACCCAGACAUUAUGGAAAUGAAAAGAAAAACACUAGAAACCACAACGGAAAAGGUUGUGGGACUUCUCAAGAAACUACUGUGAUACCUCGUUCAAACUUCAAAAUAUUGUUGUUUUUCAGACCCCUCCCCCCUUGCAACAUGGUUUCCCUCUACUGUCAAAUUAUGGCACUUUAUAACUUUUAAGAAAUUCAGAUCGUCAACCAACUAAACCUCCCGGAAGCAUUUGGUACAAGUGAGGAGCAAAGACGUAGAGGAAAAGAGAUCCGCCGACCCUGGCAACAUUGGCCACCACAUCGAAGAGGAAAAGUUUCUUCCAAAAAGCGAAAUAGGCCGACUUUGAUGGGAAUCCAAGCAGCCGGCUGAUUCCGCUGCGUACGUCAGCCAAACUCAAACUACGGCGAGUCUCCAGAGCGGAACUCCAGACCCCUACAACGGCCUCAUUUCCUCCUCCUCCUGCUGCACGAUGGUCGUCGUCGUUGCUGUUGUUCCAAAUGUCCAGUAAGCGACCAGCCCAGCAUUCCAUUUCUUUACUGGCGACUCGAGUCCACACCUCGUAGCGAUUCCGUAACGAUCGGCAGUGACCUGAAACCAAAUUUCAUCCGUGAGAACAACAAAGGAAGAUGCACGCUAAUGAUCUUCCUCCUCAGAACAGUCCCAUAAAAAGAAUCUUUUCAUCUUUGGUGAACCAGGAAAAAAUAGUCUUUUGCAUAAUAAUGAACCAGUCCUCCUCCUCCGCUUCUUUUGCGCGUUAACUUAUCGAUUCUUCUGGCCUAACGGCAUCUUUUUUUAAACAUGAGAACAAAAUACCUUAAACAAUGCAAGUCCUGUUUGUUUGUUUGUACAAAUGUGUAAAUUUCUCCAACAAAGCGAAUUUUUCAAAUAAAUGUGAAAUGUACCGAUUGAA